AUGCCGACUGUUGGAGCAACAGGUAGCAGAGGACGCCUGACCGGCAACACAGCCCACCUCUCCCCUUCUUAGUGCAGGAUGAAUUUCACCUCUCACCUUGGACAUCCCAGUGCGACGGGCUACACAUCAAACCUGAGACCAGCCAUAUUUUACAGGCCCAGUUUGGACCUCAUUGACAAUCCUCCUUUUGGACUCCUGUUGUCUGACGGUUUCAUGUCUCAAACUAAACAACACUACCAACCUCACAUCCGGUCUGGUUGUACGGGGCCUUUGCCAAACCUCGUUAACAAGUCCAGAGACAGCGGCUUCCAUCAGCUAAAGAGUCUUCCGAAAACAGCGACUAUGGAGGAAAAGACACAAUACCAAAGAUGCUUUGUGCCACAUCGCCUCACACCAUCAGUUUCCCAAAACCAUGUGACUGUGGGUCCGAGAGGAGAAAGUGGUUUCACUGAGGGAACAGACCUUCAUUUUAACACUUUUCUGGAGAAAGGAAGCUGCACGGUUGAACCUCUCCAGACUCACAGCUCAGUGAUGAAAAGUGACUUUGUGACACCGCCGUUUCUGCAGGGUCCUGAGGCGAGAUCGAGCAAGUGCAGUAGCCAUUUGUCUCGAGAAACAGGAUUCACUCGAGAUGCCAUCGCUCCCUUGGCCUGCCCAACCUCCCUUGUGCCGUCAACACGGACUAAAAGUAAUUCAAUAACUACGAAGUCCAUUGGAAAAAAGGAGCCUUCAGGGGCUCUUCUCAAUGCUCCAAGCAACCAGACUUUUCCUAUCACACCGUUUGAUCGUUCACACUUCAACACACUUUAUAAAAGCACGUUUUGUCAUGAUUAUGAAAAGUUGAAAUCUGGCCACACUUGUGCAGGAAUUAUCAGUGGAAAAAGGGACAACAGCUACAGUCGCCGAGACAUGGACAGGUUCAUCUUUAGGGGUUAA